GUUUCAGCAACUCACAAUCGACGGCCAAACCGCAAACGAGGCCACCCAACAGUCGCCCGCCUACUUUGGCCAAGCCUGUUCGCUGUCGCUGAACUAAAUAGGUGCUUUCUCUCCGUGGGUGAGUGGUGCGCCCGACCGACUUCCCUCAAAUUCGACCGAAUCGGGAUUACCUAACAUUGAACAUCGCUCCUGCAGGCUCCCCUGCCUCCACACGAUCGCGAUACCCAGCCGCCGGGCUCUUGACCGCGCCAGAGAGCGAGUGCCAUCCGACGAAUUUUGCCUUCGAUAUCGAUCUCCGGGCCACGGAACUUUACCGACGAAAUGGCGGCGCGAAAACUACAACAGGAAGUGGACAAGUGCUUCAAAAAGGUGGCCGAAGGCGUCGCCGAAUUCGAAGCCAUCUACGAGAAGAUCGAGCAGUCCACGAACCAGGCACAAAAGGAAAAACUAGAAGACCAGCUCAAGCGCGAGAUCAAAAAACUGCAGAGGCUGCGCGAUCAGAUCAAAACAUGGGCCGCCAGCAAUGACAUCAAAGACAAAGCUCCGCUUCUGGAGCAGCGACGGCUGAUCGAGACGCAAAUGGAGAAGUUUAAGGCUGUCGAGAAAGCCAUGAAGACCAAGGCAUAUUCGAAGGAGGGGUUAUCCGCCGCCGCCAAGCUUGACCCUAGGGAGCAGGCCAAACUGGACGCGGGCGACUUCCUGGGCAACAUGGUCGACGAGCUGGAGCAGCAGAUCGAGACCCUCGAAGCUGAAUGCGAAUCAAUACAGGCAACGAUGAAGAAAGGGAAAGGCCAUGCGGCAAAGGCGGAGCGCAUAGCCGAGAUUGAACGCAUCAUCGAACGGCAUAAAUGGCACCAAGGGAAACUCGAACUAAUCAGGCGCUCGCUCGAGAAUGGAGGCGUCGACACCGACCAGGUGAAUGAGCUGGGGGAAAACAUCAAGUAUUACGUCACGGACGGGAUGAACGAUGAUUUCAUGGAGGACGAGACCAUGUACGACGACCUCAACCUGGAAGACGAGGAAGACCAGUACGGCAUGAACCAGGAGAACGAUAGGGUAUCCUCACAAGACACCCAGUCGAUACAGGACGAUGUGAUGCCCGAGGCCGAGACGAAGCCAAGUGCGCCCCCGGGGAAGCAGCGGACGGCGGUCGAUGCAGUGGCAGGGACGGCUAUUCGGCGGCCGUCGACGCAACUCAAAUCACCACUCCCGACGCUCGCGACGGUGCAUCACAGCACGCCGCUACCGACCCUCAGCAACGGAUCCUCGGCCAAUGCUGGUAUGAAGCCUGCGGUAGCCCCGCCGAGGCUCGCAGGGGAGGGCUUGAAGUAUGCGAGCGCGGCGGCGGCGGCGGCAAACAACGUCGGAAUUGCCCCACUACCCCCACCGCCCUCGACAACACCCAGCAUUAGCGGCGCACCAUUACAAGCACAGGCGAGGGCGAGCGCAGCAAACUCCCCAAGCGUUGCAUCUAUACAGCCGGUAUCACAAGAAAAGGCGCCUGGCAUGGCCAUGGCGCCUGGGAGUGGGUUGGCGAUGGCGGCUCAGUCACACAAGGCGAAGGGGAAGGCGGUGGCGCAGGCACCCUCCGUCGAAGUGGUAAAAGCGGCGCAGACAAACGGUGCAGCCAAUGGCAUCAGGCCGAUCGAAGAGGCCGAGGAAGAAGAAGAGUCGAUCUACCAUCUCCCUGCGUCGUUGCAAGACCUUGUCGAGUCAUUCGAGGUCACAAAGAAGCGACUUGCGCCGAUGAAUGCGCCCGCGGCCCAUCGUAUGCAGGUCGCAUCGGAAGCGAACAAGCCUGGGAUUUUGGACGCCGAGCCACCACGGAAUUACCAGCCAGAUGUGAAGUUCCAUUCUCAUAGCCGAUUUCCGCGGGAGCCGCUACCCAUAUUCGACGACCCUCGGCUAUACACCAAGAUCGACCCGGAUACGCUUUUCUACGUGUUCUACUACAAGCAAGACACGCAUCAGCAGUUCCUCGCUGCGCGGGCGCUAAAGGACCAAAGCUGGAGGUUUCACAAGCAGUACCAAACAUGGUUCCAGAGGCACGAGGAACCCAAGUCCAUCACAGAGGAAUUCGAGCAGGGGACAUAUCGCUUCUUCGACUACGAGAGCACCUGGAUGAACCGGAGGAAGGCUGACUUCAAGUUCGCGUAUAAGUUCCUUGAAGACGAAGUCUAGUUCUCGGCGGCGAUGAAACCACACGGCCCAAAGCGGUGCGGUGGUGGGAACCGGGGGUGGCAAGGCAGUAUGGUAGGUAACAAUGGAGUAUGCUUCGGUAUUCUGUAUGGGUAACGGUCUCCUGUGGGAGGGAAGGGGGUCCGGGAGCCGGCUGGGUUAGGGGCACGCGUUUACCACCCCUAAUGAACAUGAAUAGCAAGAAAAUACAGCCGACUUGACUUGCAUCCAUCAAG